AUGUCAGCGCAAAUGAGCACGCUUCUUCGGCUGAUUGCCAAACCCAACAGCAUCCACACCAUCGUUUCCAGAUCCAACUACAGUUCCACCCGUAAUGCCCUCAAGAUUGGCUCGCACACCAAAGUCAUCUGCCAGGGAUUCACGGGCAAACAGGGCACCUUCCACUCGAAGCAGGCCAUCGAGUAUGGCACCCAAAUGGUCGGCGGCGUUUCGCCCAGCAAGGGUGGACAGUCACACCUGGGCUUGCCAGUCUUUGCUUCCGUCACCGAGGCUAGAGAGAAGACCGGCGCUGAUGCCACCGUUAUCUACGUGCCUGCUUCUGGCGCCGCUGCGGCUAUUAUGGAGGCCUUAGAUGCGGAGAUCCCGCUGAUUGUCUGCAUCACCGAGGGAAUCCCUCAGCUGGACAUGGUCAAGGUGAAGCACCGUCUCGUGCGUCAGAACAAGUCUCGUCUUAUUGGACCUAACUGCCCGGGCAUCAUCAAGCCUGGCGAAUGCAAAAUUGGCAUCAUGCCCGGUCACAUUCACUCGAAGGGCAAGAUUGGCAUCGUCUCGCGUUCGGGCACCCUGACCUACGAGGCUGUCCACCAGACCACCGAAGUUGGCCUUGGCCAGUCGCUGUGCGUCGGCAUCGGCGGUGAUCCCUUCAACGGCACUGACUUUAUUGACUGUCUGGAGAUUUUCCUCAAUGAUCCAGAAACCAAAGGAAUUAUUCUCAUUGGUGAGAUUGGCGGUAACGCCGAAGAGCUUGCGGCUGAGUACCUGAAGAAGAACAACUCUGGCUCGAGUGGAAAGCCCGUGGUGUCCUUCAUCGCCGGCCUCACCGCUCCCCCUGGUCGCCGAAUGGGCCACGCCGGUGCCAUCAUUGCUGGUGGAAAGGGAGGUGCCCAGGAGAAGAUUGACUCGCUGGAGUCAGCCGGAGUGCGCGUCACUAGAUCGCCAGCUCAGAUGGGCGCCACUCUUCUCGAGGAGAUGAAGAAGCGCGGUCUCGCUUAA